AUGUUUGGUUUGGGUGGUAUGUUUGGCGGCUUUGGACAAAGUACAGCAAGGAUAAUCAACAAAGAGGAUAUAAAGGUCGCCUUCAAAGAUGUUGCUGGUUGUGAAGAGGCCAAGAUAGAAAUCAUGGAGUUUGUAAAUUUUCUUGAAAAUCCUCAGCAGUACAAAGACCUUGGCGCAAAAAUUCCCAAAGGUGCAAUAUUGACUGGUCCGCCUGGUACCGGUAAGACUCUGCUUGCGAAAGCAAAUGCCGGUGAAGCUAAUGUGCCAUUCAUCACUGUGUCCGGCUCUGAGUUCCUUGAAAUGUUUGUUGGUGUUGGUCCAGCUCGAGUUCGUGAUAUGUUUGCAAUGGCAAGGAAAAAACAGCCCAUGCAUCCUUUUUAUUGA